GAACCCCCAAGAUCGCAUGACGUCCUCUAUUUAUUUCCCAUGUUCAAAAAAACCGUUCGAUUAUUUGAGUUCAUCCACCCAUAUAAAAUACAAUUACAAGCAAAUCAGGAGAGAAAUGUGAAAUCAUUCAAAUUCAUACAAUCACUAGAAAAAAUCAAUCAAUUCGCCAUGCCUCCCCGCAAAUUCAAUUUGAAUGGCAAGACCUUGACUGCUCCUCUAGCAGCCGCAACCAUGGCCCUACUCCUCUUCACAUAUACCCGCACAUCCAUCCGCGCAGCUAAGCAGAAUGCCCAAAAACAUCGCGAGGCAGACGGUGGACAAAUCGACUGGGCCAAUGAAAGUUUAAGACGUCAUGGACAGUUAGAUGCACCUGUGGAGCAAACAACCGUGAAACAACUAUUGGGAACAGCGAAGGAUAAUUUGGAGGAAUUGAGGAGGAAAGGAAAUGCGCCCGAGAGGCAUGAAGUGGAGAGGAAGUUGAGAGAGAGAGCGGCGAAGGGGAGAGAAGGUGGUUUUGCCGGGAAAUCAGAGUAAUGUCAAAUGAGAAUAACGAUGGCGAUGGGAACGGUGUUUGGAUUUAUCAAAGUGCACAGCUACUUCACGAAUUCGUCUUUCCAGGUUACAUAUGGGAGUUCAGGGAGAUCUUUACAAAAUUGCAUAUUUGGGUCAAGGUGGAAUAUUAAACAAUCA